AUGGACGCGGCUAAGGGCAACGAUCUUCUCAUGGACUUGGGAUCGCCCAUGGACCUGGACCCACCCAAGAGGCCUCAGCGCUCAUCCAGUGACGAAGAACCUCCCAAGAGGCUGCGGGCCUCAGAAGUCAAGAAAAAGCAGCCUGUGCAGCCUGAUCUUGAAAAGCUCCGUGUCAUCAAUCCUCGGGUUCCUGAGGAUAUCAUGUUUCUCUAUGUCUGUAUGAAGAACAACGGGGGCGAUGUGGUUGACUUCAGGGCCGUCGCUACCGUGUUUGGAAUCUCAGUUAAGAGUGCCAAACAGAAAUUCCGAAAGAUGCGCUCGCUCUGCGAGAAUACCACCAUGGAUAUCGCUGAUACCUGUGACCCGGACACUCCUAUCCAGAGGGAUUCGUCUGAGGAGGGGUCUUUCCCAAGCUCAUUUUGUGAUUGA